CGGUACGAGGGCGGGUGCAACCGCGGGUCCUUCCACAGGGCCUACAAUUGGAUUGUGGAGAAUGGCGGCCUCACCACGGCAGCGGAGUACCCGUACACGGCGGCGAGGGGCGCCUGCAACCGCGCCAAGUCCGCCCAUCACGUCGUCAAGAUCCUCGGAGGCGGCGUGAUCCCGCCUAGGAACGAGCCCGAAAUGCAGGUCGCCGUCGCCGGGCAGCCCGUCGGUGUGGCCAUCGAGGUCGGCAGCGGCAUGCAGUUCUACAAGGGCGGCGUCUACUCGGGCCCCUGCGGGACAAAUCUUGCUCACGCCGUCACCAUCGUCGGUUACGGCGUCGACGCCCCUACUGGGGCCAAGUACUGGCUCGUCAAGAACUCAUGGGGGCAGACAUGGGGUGAGAGCGGCUACAUCCGCAUGCGUCGCGACGUCGGCGGCCCGGGGCUCUGCGGCAUCGCGCUCGACGUUGUCUACCCAAAAAUGGCGAAAGCGUGA